AUGCAACAUCUUCCAAACCAUGCUUCAAUCUUCACAGCAGAAAUCAUUGCCAUUCAGAUGGCAAUAAAAUUCAUAUCUAAAUCCAAUAGUAAAAAUUUCAUGAUAUUCUCAGAUUCGUUAUCAACAGUUACGGCGCUUAAACAAUAUAGACCUCAACACAACCUUAUAAUUCAAACGCAAAACAGGAUACAUGAUAACUUAACUGAUAACAAUGGUAAGAAAAUAACUCUGAUGUGGAUACCCAGUCACAUAGGAAUUCAGGGUAAUGAGGAAGUCGAUCAACUGGCAUCACAAGCUUUUGUGAAAAACAUCAAUGAUCUUUUCCAUAUAUUGAACAGCAAACUGGUGCCAGAUAGAGAAUGGAAGCAAUCCAUUACAAAGAGCAACCUGACAGCCACUAUAGAUAAACUUUAUGAAAUGAAAGCCUACUUACUAAGUUUGAAAAAUUUAGAUGGUGUUACAUUUACAAAACUCAAAGGUUUUUUUUAUAUAUCUCAAUAUCUAAACUAA